GCUUCAUUCGUCCUCCUGCUGAGGUAAGCGGUGGCUGUCAGAGCAUUGAGAGAAUGGUACGGACAGCCUCUGUCUGUCCGUCUGUCUGUCCGUCUGUCUGCCCGGCUGUGCCGCAGUUUUUCUGUCACCUGCUCGCGCUUGUGAGGCUACUUUUGUCGAGACGGCAUUCAAGGACAUGCUCCGAGAGGCGAGCGGGGGUGGGUGAUAACCAGGGGCGAGCUGUGGGCGGCUAACGGCGUUAGCCGCCCCAGCGCGUUGGCAAGGGCAGUGGCUGCGGCUUUCAACUGCCGCUCCUCAUCACGGCAGACGACGUGCAGCGGGCGGUGGCUGACAAGGCGGCCUACCUCAACCGCCCAUGGCCAUCCGUCUGUUCAGCCUCUUCGUCCACCGACUAUACUCCGUCGACCUGACAGUGGGAGGUGGACGGGAGGUGUGGGAGGACUCAUCGUCGCUGACCCUCACCUUCCUGGGCGUCUGGCUCCUCUCGCUCAUCAUCCUGGUGGUGCUGCUGAUCAAGACAUGCAUCAUUCCAGGCGUCGUAUGAGUGUGGACCAGCAUGUACAACUGCUGCCACCAGAUCCAGAGGCGGGUGGUCCAGGGAUGGACGCGGGUGGGUGGCUGAUCGGAUACGGGGGGAGAGGGGGAGGACGCACCGUGGUUCGAGCGGCACAGCAACAAAAAAAGUGGACACCAAAACAAGGCAGGCGGCUGGUAUGUGAUGCAUGAGCUCGAGUAACUCAACCCUCUAUUGCUCUGCAGUGUCUCGUGUCAGACCUGCCAUCAACGAGCACGCGCCGAAGAAGAGACAGCGGACGAGGAAGUCGUUGAAGAAGGGUUGAGGGGGCGGAUCUGACGACGAGGGCGAGGACAGUCAGCGAGCGAACAAAGAGGCCAAGCAACUGGCCAACAAAGCUAAGGCGGAGUUCGAGAAAAUGCAUAUGUGGUCAUGGCCUCUGAGCGUGUACAACCACUACACAAACAAGAUCGCCGACAAUUUGCACAACAUAAGACCAUCGACAUGAAGAACGAGCUGUUUAUCACGUGCAAGUGUAGGGGCACGACGCAGAUUAACGCAGAGAACCGCGGCCGGCUGUUCGCCCGAUUCACAUCGCUGAGUGCCUCCGCCAAGACGAAGGAAAACAAGAAGAAGCACAAGCCGUGGCGCGAGGACAAGCUUUCCGAUGCUGCUGCGCGCCAUGGAUCUCAUCCGACAGGUCCUCCGCUUUAUCGACUAUACUUCCAUCGUAAAGGAACCUAAGCCGCUGAUCGUAUACCAUACGACACUCCAUGACGACUGGGACGCACAGUUGUUUCAUCUGCCGGUGGCCUUUCACGAUUGCCAAAGUGAGAUGACCUUCAUGACCACGAAGGGUGAGGCACUGCCUCAGAGAGUGGUUCUCAGUCAGGUCGUGGGGGAAGACAGAACAUACCCGGUGUGUCGGUUUCAGUCGAUGUCAUCUAUUCUUGGAAUGUCAGCCCGCUCGCAUGUCACCGAAAGUCGCUGACUUUGUUGUUUUUCUCUGAUAUCAGGUUUGCAAUGGAGAGAGGGCCGAUGCCCAUCAGCGCUGCCCAUCCUACACCACAAAAACGACAACCCAGCCGAAGGCCCCAUUCCUGAAGCGUCAUCAACUAUUCGCCACAGUCAACUAUUUUAAACAACACGGUGUGGAUGGCGGAAUCUCGCAGAUCUGCAUCUACCUCAAGCAGCGCGGCUAUACUCGGACCAACCCGCAGGUGCUGGUCAACUCGGACAGCAAUACCGGCGGCCUGGCGCUGGCGGGGAUGCAAUGCUACAUCGACGGCAUCAUCAUUCACGCUACCGGAAAUGCUGGCGCGAACAACGUGGCCUUCAGCCGCCGGACGACAUGCCAUUGCACUACGUCCAGGCCGGCUCAAGCGACAAUAACACUGUCCUCGACUGCGCUUGUUCCUGCAGGAGGCGAAGGACCGAGCCAACAUAGCCCCGCCCAAGUCAGCUAUCACACGAUGUUCUUCAUUGCGUAAGUGAGGGGGAUGGAGUCGUGGCUGGAAAAGACUGAAUGUCCGGGUGAAUGUAUGUCGUUUUACGGAGCUGAGCAUACUGCAGGUCUUCUGCAUCAUCAAUUACUCGCCUCAGGACACCGCGUGUUUUUGUCAACUCACUGGGUAGGCGUCAAGCAAUGGGCAUUUUCUAAGUUGGCGUGUUUCGAUGUCUCGAAUGGCUGUGUCCGUUGUGCUGCUCAUGCCUUGGUCUGUCAAUCAAUCAGGGCCCAACACGACCUGUCGUUCAUUGGGUCAACUGUGCGAGUCAUGUGCGCUCGAGCACGAUGGAACAAUGGCAGGGCAGAAAACGUCAAAAAGGACAUCCCGGUGAGAAAUGCUUAGAGCGACUCAGACCACACAGCAAAGAGAAGGGCUGAGGGUUGAUGAAUGUGUGUGAGCAGGAUGGCUUCCCAAGCCUUCUUCACUGAGCUCGACGAGACCGACGCCGCCAUACGGGAGAAACUGAAGGUCCUGGAGAAAGUGAGAAACGAGGAGGCCGAGAAAUGGUGGCCUCAACGCAACAACGUGGUGAUCAACAAUAUCGACAUCGCCAUCAGCAACUACAAGAGAGACCGAGCAUUCAUCAGGCUCUUAAGUAUGCAUGCACAGAAGAUGCGCGUGUAUACUGCAAAAGUAGCCAUUCUUAGAUCCUAUGCCUGUAAAACAGAGCGCAAAGCAGAAGAAAACAUCCUUAUACGCAGGAAAAGUAACAGAGUUCCAAGUGGAUCUCAACACGGUCGGUCACAAAAACCUGCAGCUUGACACGGGCGACCAGGGCUAUCAGCGCUUUUUCUUUAAAGCGACCGAACUGACGUUUCGCGAGCUGUACGUACGUAUCGGGCGGUGGGCGGUGGAGCGAAUAGCGAAGGAGGGCGCAUAGGAAGAAGAAAGAGGGGAGGGACACGAGCACCUUACAUAGUGUCUUGUGUGUAUUCAUGUAUGUGUGUGUGUCAGGUUACCUAUGCCUGUCGCGGAGUGCUCUGUGAUAAGCAGCCUUCACCACUGACGGCAUGGCCGAGGCGGGCAUCGUCCCCAAUCCAUGGCCACUGGGACGGGAGAGCAACUACGAGGCCUACAAGAACCUCAGUGUGUGUCAGGCACGAGAGUUCAACUUCUUCAUCAGGGACGGCAAGCGCCGGAUUGCGGCCGCACUCAAGGGCAAGCCGACAGUGUAAGUGUCUGUCUAGAUCAUAUUACACACUCUGUCUCAUGUCACCAUCUGUCUCAUGCCAUUGCCUGUCUCGCGUGUGUAUGUCAGGGCGAGUCGGGUGGAUCACAGCCUCCCCCCGAGGCUGAAUGAGAUCCGUAUGAUGUCAAAUGCGCAGUUCUUGGCGUCUUCACUCACUCCCCUCGUCGAUCCCUACCACGCACCGCUGUUCGACCUGCAAGAGGUCGACGAGCUCGGGGGCGCCCAGCAAGCCAACCACCCACCAGAAGGAGAGGCACCCGCGGUGGCGGCCGGGGUGUUCCCGGGCCAUCACGUCACGGGUCACUACUUACUUUCAGGGAGGGGAUUGAGUAUAUGA